UAGGGGCCAUCAUCUUCAAACCCUAGAGGGCGGGGCGGCGCACGCGCACCCGCACCCACAUCCCCGACUGCCGCCAUUGCCGCAGCCGCCCGCAAGUUCGUCGAGGGAGAGAAGGCCGCCGCGGCGAUUGGAGAUGACGCAGAAGCAGAGCAUGUUCAAGGGGCAGGGGAAGAAGAAGACCAUCCCUCCCAACCGCCAUGGCAAGGCGCCCCACGUCCGCAAAGGGAAGAGGGCUGUGAAGCCGGCCAAGUUCACCAAGGACAUGGACGCCGACAAGGAACUAACGAAAUUUAUCAACCAGUGCAACGAGAAAAAGGCUGCUAAUCUUGCUAGCAAAGAAGGUGGUGACCUCAGUAUACUAAAGGCGGACGUUGAUCCUUCCAAUGCAAACUAGAACUAGGAAACUAGGAAUCUGUAUUGCUAUCCUGCCUACGGCUAUGUACGACUCCAUAGAAUAUAUGAGUGUGUCCAAUUGAUAUUAAUGGUUCAAGCGAAUUUUAAAGGAAUUCUAAAGCUUUCAGUUCCAAUGGGAAUAUUCACUGUAUAGCCCUUUGGUUCAAAGGAAUUGAAGGAAUAUAAAACAUUGGGAAAAAAUCACUUUCCUAUGUUUCAGAGCCAAAACGCAGGAAAAUUGAAAUCUAGCCAAAACAAUUGUUUUUCUUUCCUAUGGCAAA